ACCCAUGACUUUUUUUACUCUGCAGAGCACAAAAGAUAUUUAGUAUUAGGGACUGACGACUUCAAUCCUCAUCCACUUUCACUGCAUAAUUUAAGACCCAUAAAAGCUUUUAUGGCAGAGGAAGAUCCCACAUUAACAGUUUACAUUUGCUACAGUAAUUGAUGUAAAUUUAAUUUUGGUUUGGUAUGUAAGAAGGUAUUGUUGGAUUCAUAAAGAAUACUGAUAACACUUUAUAAUAACUUUAAUAGCCUAGUAACAUUACCAAAUAACAAUUACUAUAUAAUUCUUAAUAGAGUGUUAGUUAUGCAUACAUAACUAAUUAAAAAUGUAAUAUAACUGCUAUAAGGGAGUAAGGGAGGCUAUACAGCUAAUCACACAAGUCUCUAUGAUUUUAGUCAAAUGCUGGUCAUAAAUUAUAAUAAUUCUCUGAAUUCUAUCCUCCAAAUCAAAAUUUCAGUAUAUUUUUUCCCCAUAGCUGCUGGAUAAAAAGUGAACACAAUAAGACCACAUACAUUCACACAUGAGUAAAAUAAAUAUAAGAGUAGGUUUAAACAUACGCUCAUAGACAACAAACCUACAACAAAUCCAAUGGUUUUCCUGUGAGUCAAUGUUUAAUCAUUUUUUUGUGGCACUUAAAUGUAGACAUGUAUUUAUACGCAAUCAAAUCUAAAGGCUGUCCAUAGUGGGAAAAAAAAAAAAAAAAAAAAAAAAAAAACCUCACUGAGGUAAAACCAGCGAAAACGAUCCUCCUAAUUGGAUGAACGAUAAAUACUGCAAACAUUAUAAAAGGUGUUAAUAAUAACGCAAUAUAAAUUAUUACCAAAACAGUAAAUAUGUCAUAAAGUAUACUAACAUACAUUAUAUCAGUUCGAGAAACGAAGUCUUUGUUACUGAGGUAAAAUCUCUCAUCAAAACUCAUUCAUAUUCCUACUCCAUAUUUCCAUUUGCAAUCAUCAAGCCUUUGUCUCCGACAGGAAAUAAAAAAAUCCAUAAUUUCCAGUGACAAUAGAAGCAAUAAGUUUAACUGUGUGUAGUCGUCAGUGCUUAUUACCCGAAAUCAUUUUAAUUGUCCUCAGGAGAAUCGAGACGGGCGAAAUUAAACGCUGUCAGACAGCUGGGGACGGCACCUGUCAAUCAAAACGUCCGUUAUAAAGUCGCUCCGCUUUCGCGCUGCCUAGUCAAAGGCGGGAAAAGAACGCAGGGACCGAUUCAUUCCUUUAGCGCGCGGAGUUUAUUCGCGUAUAGACGCAGUUUUGAGAGAGCAUAUCUUUCUCUCUCCACAUACUGCCAACUCUGUCUUCAUUUACCAAUCUAUCACAGUGGAAAUGGAUAAAUUACCUGCUAUGAAUAUCAGCGCCGGCAACAGUUCCGUGGAUAGACGCUCAUUUCUGGAGAGAAGUGGCUAUCAGCACCUGGAUCACGGAGAUCUGAAGGUUUUGAUUCCAGUGGUGCUAGGAAUCAUCUGUGUCCUGGGUUUCACCGGGAAUGUAACUGCUAUGGGAGUCCUGAUUUCCAACGCACGUAAAGGUAAGCUGUCCUUGAUCAACGCGCUCAUCCUCAACCUCAUGCUGGCUGAUGGUCUGGUCUUGGCAUUUGCUGUUCCCUUCAAAGCCACUGCUUAUUCCCGUGCAAGCUGGACUCUGGGAUUGUUUGUCUGUAAGACCUGUGACUGGUUCUUGCACUCCUGCAUGGCUGCAAAGAGCUUCACUGUGGCCAUCAUGGCCAAAGCUUGCUACAGGUACGUCAGUAACCCCACCAAGCAGGUGACCAUCCGUUUGAAGACUAUCCUGGUAGUCCUCUUCUUCACUUGGCUCUUGGCGUGCGUGGUCCCAAUUCCCCAGUGGCUUUUUUCCACCCUGCAAAAGGAAGGAAACGGAAUGAUUUGUGUUCAAGCAGUGCCUGUUGAUGCCCAUGAUUUUAUGUCUGUGUACGCCAAGGUGUAUCCUCUUCUGGCCUACUGCACACCUUUGAGUUUUGCGCUGCUUUAUUUCUGGAAGGCGUAUGGACGAUGUCAGCGCAGGUCCAGCAAAACCCAGAAUCUGCGGACACAGAUCCGAUCCCGCAAACUCACCCUGAUGCUAUUCAGCCUGACAGUGGCCAUGGCCACCAUGUGGCUUCCGCAAUGGGUUGCCUGGGUUUGGAUGCGGCACGCACUGGAGGCUGAAGGUGCCUUCCCUCCGGUCCUCUUCACUCUCUCCGCCCAGCUUCUCAUGUUCUCCAUCUCUCUAGUCAACCCUCUCAUCGUUCUCGCCCUCUCAGAGGAAUUCAGAGAGGGCUACAUUGGCUUGUGGCGUAGGCUCACCCUCCGCAAGCAACCUCCAAAACACAAGCCAGGACCACACACCCCAACCGCCCCAAAGUCGCCAACCCCAAGACCGGAGACAUCAGCCCACCUCCCUCCACACCAGCCAGGGCGAACAGAGGAGAAGCCUGAGAAGCAACUGGACCAGUGUGGAGGACAGCAGGAGAGCCCAACCAACAAGGAUGGAAUCGUACUGCAAGAUGUAGAGCAGUUUUGGCAAGAGAGGGAAACUGGCUCCCAGUCACAGGAAAAUGAUCCUAUACCCUGGGAGCACCAAAAUCCCAAGGAAGAAAAACAGUAAGACAGUGUGAAUCUACUCCUCUUUUUCAUUUCAUCAACAUAAAAGAAAAAAAAACAUAUACAACAGAUCAGACCUCACCUGAACUAAUAAAUAAUGAAUUUAAUUGUGUUUGUGUUUAACUCUUAUUAAAAAGAAAAAAAAAAAAAAAAAAGAGAGAAAACUGGCUUGGUAUAAUUUAUUAGAAGUAAAUGGAAAUGACUUUGUAUUAAUUGUAUUGUAUUAUGUUAUGUUGUUCAAAACAAUGUAUUAUAUAAUAAAAUAGGUAGAGAUAUCACUAAAACCAGUGUUGUGAUGUCCAAGACAAUAAUGAUGAAAAGCUGUGCAUAGCUCCCUCCUGCCUAUAGUACUAAUAAAAAAAAUUGAUGUUGAAAUCUUACUGCUACCUGCAUCAUUCACACAAUAAGAUGGCAAUAAAAUGUCUACAGAAUGAAUAUGCUAUAAAAGAAAGUAUUUCGGGAAUGCAUGUCUGUAAAAUAAACUGUAAUAUAUUACCUA